UCCUAUUUAUAGAAAUCAAUAACUUAAAUCUCUUACAAAAAGCUAAAGCUGCAAAAUGUUUUGCGUCUGCCGUGCAUUAAAAAGCUCUUAGGUUUUGGCCACAUUAUAUUAAUAAUAAAAAUUAAACUAAAACGGUUGAAACGAACAACUUGGAUAUGUCAAAGUGAAAAAUGUCUUUCUGAAAAACAAAGUCAGGUGAUUUGAUCCUAAACUCUUUCCGUAGAUUCAAGCCAUGCGUUCCAAGCCUCUUUCUGAAGCCGAAGCGCCUUUGUUUACAGUAGCAAUAUUGCAGUUGAGUGAAUUUUGUGCCAUCUACAGGUCAGGCAGUAGUGAGCAUGCGCAAGUCACAGUAAAUGCGGAUCUUUCGCGCGCUAUUAACAGUGUACUUUCACUGUGGAUUGUGCGCGGGUUUUUAAAUCGUCCCAUUUUGGUGUAGGCGGCAGAAAUGAGUUUGUGGGUUGAUAAAUACCGACCGACCUCUAUAUCUAAGUUGGACUUCCACAAAGAACAAGCAGCAAAGCUUCGGAAUUUGGUACAAUGUGGGGAUUUUCCUCAUCUCCUUGUAUUUGGUCCAUCAGGAGCAGGGAAAAAAACAAGAAUAAUGUGCUUGUUACGAGAGUUAUACGGGGCUGGAGUCGAAAAACUGCGAAUUGAACACCAGACAAUAACUGCUCCAUCCAAAAAGAAAAUUGAAAUCAGUACAAUAGCAAGCAACUAUCACUUAGAGGUUAAUCCAAGCGAUGCUGGCAACAGUGAUCGUGUUGUAAUUCAAGAGUUAUUAAAGACUGUUGCGCAGUCUCAGCAGCUUGAGACAAGCACCCAAAGAGACUUUAAAGUUGUCCUCUUAACUGAAGUUGACAAGCUUACUAAAGAUGCUCAGCAUGCUUUAAGGAGAACAAUGGAGAAAUAUAUGUCUACGUGCAGACUUAUACUAUGUUGCAAUUCUACAUCAAGAGUAAUUUCUCCAAUUCGCAGUAGAUGUUUGGCAAUCCGUGUUCCAGCUCCAAGUGUUGAAGAGAUUUGCUCAGUUUUGUUCAGUGUCUGCAAAAAAGAAGGAUUGAUUCUCCCUCAGGAACUUGCACGCAAGAUUGCUGAAAAAUCUGGUCGAAAUCUCAGAAAAGCCCUAUUGAUGUGUGAGGCAUGUCGUGUUCAACAGUAUCCCUUCAGUUCUGAUCAAGACUUGCCAGAAACGGACUGGGAAGUAUAUGUAAAGGAGACCGCUAAUGCCAUUGUUAGUCAACAAUCCCCUCAAAGGUUGUUUGAAGUUCGUGGUCGACUUUAUGAACUUUUGACUCACUGUAUACCUCCUGAGAUCAUAAUGAAGCAUUUGUUAUCGGAACUACUUAACAACUGCGAUGGCCAGCUGAAAGGUGAGCUGGCACAGAUGGCUGCGUUCUAUGAGCAUCGAUUACAACUUGGAAGCAAAGCAAUCUAUCACCUGGAAGCAUUUGUGGCAAAGUUUAUGGCAAUUUAUAAAAAAUUCAUGGAGGAUGGACUUGAAGCUAUGAUGUUUUAACUCUCUUUAGUUGUCUAUACUGUCUUCUUACAUAUAACAGUUCUUAGCUCGUGUUUUAACAUCUUGUAGUUUGAUGGAAGACUGCCAGUAAUUUUGCCUGCAUAGGUGAACACCAGACUAACAGGUUUGGUGGAUAAAUACUUUUUUUUUUUUUUUUUUUUUUCUUCUUUCUUUUUUUUUAAAACCCAGAAAAUUGUCAGAGCAUAAUCACUUAAGUAUAUAAAUGUAUAUUAAUUUUGAGCUCCUAGCCUGCCUUUACCAUUGACAAGUAGGUAUAUAUUAUAGACGGCCAGGAACUAUACAACCUGCAACUGGUUGUAUCACUUAAGUAAUUCUACAUACACAAUAACACUUCAGUCUCUCUGUGGCAUUGAGCAGUUUGUAACAGACUCUGUUUUGACUAUUCUGGUUGGCAGCUAAUUUUAUGUUUGUCAACCCCUAGUUUAAAUUGCCCACUUGACUGUGUUGGCAAAAAUACUGCUUUUCAUGCUGGCUUUCUGUUCUUGUCACACAAUGCAAUGCAAGAACCUUUUGGAUAAAGGAUAACUUGAAAUAUUUUUCUACAUUAGAAUUUAAUGGAUCAGGAUAAUACCUAAAGAUUGGUGUUUAUAAAUAUAAUUCUGUGUAGCUUUCCUUACUGCAUAUUUAAAAAACAAACAAAACAAAAACUCUGAUUAGAUUACUGAUUUCUCAUUUCUGUAUAUUGACAAAUAUUGCAUUUAUUAUAAAAUAUGGUAAAUUUAAAGUAUUAAAAGUCUUUUUGCCUGUA